UAAAUUAAAAAUCUACAAAUUUCCUCAUUUCUAUCAAAAGGAUUAUUUUGGAUUUAUUAACUUUAUAUGGGCAACACUGCAAAUGAAAUCGUAACAUAUCAACAUUUUCUGCUUCAAUAUUGAUUUGAAGUCGAGUCUAUAGUGAUUCCAAAUGGCAGAAGCUGCUCCUAGAAGACAUGAAGCAGGUCACCACAAGCCGGGUCUCCUUCAGGAGUUCAGCCCUCUCAGUCAUCUCCUUCACCUCUUGCCUCAUAAAGCUCAGAAGGGAUUGUUCACCACUGACAUACAGCUCCUGUGUAUAGAUGCUGAUGCAGAAUAUAUUGCCCUUGGUAGCAAUAUAGGCAUUGUAUUUCUGUAUGAUAGAAAGAAAAUCACCCUUCAGAGGCUUAAUUGUCAGGUGAAGCAUGAUAGUAUAACAUGUGUGCGUCUCCAGUUGAGCCUUGACCACUUGGUGGCAGCGGGAACAACUAGGGGCUCAGUGAGGAUAUUCCAGCUACCAUCUAACUUACCUGGAAGGUCAAUGCAGUUGCAGUUAUUUCGUGUAGAUGGACUUCACAGUGUACCAGUUACAUGUCUUGAAUGGAGUGUCAAUGGAAUGAAGCUCUUCAGUGGGGACUGUGAUGGAACAGUUGUAUCAACUGACAUUGAUUACUCUCAGAGAACCAGCAAGUCUGAAGCAAUUAUACAUGAAAUCCACGACUUGGUUGAAUUAAGCUAUAAACACCAGCAUUUGGUGGUCUCUAGUAAACACAGGGCUGCUGUAUACUCCCUACAGCAACCUGGGAAGCCUAAACAGAUUGGAACCAAGGACAGGAAGGGUUUGGGUAACUAUGGUUCAGUGUUCAGCUGUGACCUGUGUAAGAUGGAGAACUCGAUCAUUUAUGCUGCUAGGCCUGGGUUCAGAAUCUGGAAGGCCAAUAUAGAGGGUCAAGUACAAGCAACAUAUGUCUUCAAAGAACUCAUACAAUCUGAAACAUGCCCUGGGAUGGUUCUAUGGCCUGAUAUUGACCAACAAAAUGAUGUUCAACCUAAAGAUGGCCAAUAUGGGCCAUUGAUGAUAUUCAACUCUAAACAUUUACUGAGUUGGAACUCUAGUGCAAUAUAUGUGUUGGAUAUAGAGGAAGGAACAAUAAUUGGUUGCCGUGGUAAUAUGGGGGAGAUUGUUGACGUGGCAACCAUAAAUGAUGAAAUAUUUGUUCUAAGAAAAGGUGUGGAUGAAAGAACUGUCAUAAGGAUUUCUCAUUCACCAGAUUCAGAAAAUUUGCCAGAAAAAAUCCAUGAAGACUUGUCAACAACAUCCAAAAUUCUUCAACUUGAUAAUACACCCAGACAGUCCCCCAGGGUGUCCCCAAGGGGCUCCCCUAAACUUGCCCCAAAAUCCUCAUCCAACUUCUCCCCUGCAAAUAUAUUUGGUAAUAUGAAAACAAAGGGAAUAAAGGAGUCCCUUCCCAAAGCAACACAAAGUAUGAAGCAGUUAUUCUCAAAGACAAUGGGAGAAACUAUGAGUGCAGUCCUUGGUGAGGCACCACCUCAAACUCAAAGUGCAAGAUUUGGUAAGGCCAAGGAGGCAAAUAUGGUGAUAGACAGUGCUGAUGGGAUUAUAUCACCCGAUGCUCCUUUGCCACCAGUUAUAAAGCUAGCAUCUGAUGAUUUACUCCAGAUUGAAAUCCAUGAACCAUUUCUGCCUGGGGAAGUUCCAGAAGAGAAUACAGCAAGCAGUCUCCAAGCAGUUGCUGCUAUCCACCAACAGCCAGAUGUGAUUCCUACAAGCCAGUCCAGUGAUAAUCAUUCCCAGUUAACAACAUCUAGUGACUCAGUAGCAGUGCCUGGUAGUGAUUCAACUGAGGCAAUAGAUAUCUCCCCAAUGGAUGAUAUUGUAUACAAACAUGUCAAGGUUAAAAAGAAAAAACAGAAAACUAAUAAAGGGGAUAAAACUUCUGAUGACACAAUGAAAAACCAAGUAGAAGAUAAUGUCCAAAAUGAGAAGACUGAAGAUGGUGAUUCUAAUGAAAUCAAAGAUGAAGUAAAAACUCCUGAAGGGAUGAAAGAAAUAACAGAUGGAAUAGAUGAAAGUAUUGAAACAACAGUUGAUAAGGAUCUGUUAAAAAAUGAAGUUAAUCAAGUAACAUCCGACAAAGAAAAAGACGAAGUAAAAUCAAAUGAUGAGCAGAAUGAAAUUCCAGAGGAUAAAAAAGAGUCCUUGCCAGAGGGACUAUCUGAAGUUGAUACUGGAACAUCAUUUGAAGAUGUAGCUCAACCAGAUGUGUCACAAAAAGACAUGUCACAAGAGGAAGCCAUCUUGAACCAGAAAGACUCUGCUCGAACAAAUUCAUUCCCAAAUGCAAUAUCAGCUCCAACAGAAACAUCAAAUUCUACCGUAACAUCAACUUCAUCUGUAACAUCAACUUCUACUGUGAUGUCAGAUCCAAUUAUGACUUCAACCCCUUUGGUUACAACGUCAGUAACUCAGUCAGCAAACAAUGUGCCAAUUGAUAAGCAACUUGAAGCAGCCAACAUUCAAGAUAACAAUGACAGUCUGGAUAUUUUAGAAAGUAACAAUCCAAAUCCAAUUGAAGAAUCCGAUGAAUUUGAUAUUUAUUCCACAUCACAAGAAGAUAAGGACAAGAAGCAACAAGUUGUAGAAUCUAGUCAAAACAAAGUGCAAUCAACAUCAUCUGGAAAAGAGGAUGAUGAUUUUUACUCAAUGUUCAAAUCGAGGUCUGCAUAUACUCUCUCUCCUGGUACACCGGGAACUCCAGACACCAGCCCCGAACAUUCCAGUCCUAGCUCAGAGGAGGCCCCUAGUGGGGAGUUCACCCCAGUGCUGUCAGAUACAUGGACAGAGUUCCUUGCCCCUAGCAACCUCCAGAGUUUGACAUUGUCUAACAAACAUGUGUGGUGUGUAGAUAAAAGUGAGAGGUUACAUUAUAGCAUGUUGAGUAACCCAGGUCUGAAGUGGCGUAAAGUUGAUGCCGCAGCUAAACAGAUUGCUGUCUCAGCUACAGGGGUUAUUGUGUGGCGUCUUCAUAAGGGGUCAGCUUAUGCAGGUACAAAGAUCACUGUUCGCAACCCUGCUGGAAUGAAGUGGGUAGAAGCUGCCAAAGAUGUCAAGUACAUAGCUGUGGAUGAUAGGUCUGCAUGGUAUAUCAAGAAUAAUGGCACUGUAUUUAUGCAGCAAGGCCUAUCCAAGGAGCGCCCAUGCUACAGAGCUCAUCAAGUUGAAGCUCCAGCAGGCCUCAGUCAGAUUUCAUGUUACAAUGGAAUUGUGCUAGCCAUAACUGGGACCAACAAACUCAUAUAUAGAGAUGGUUUAAGAAAGGGUUGCCUUCAGGGAACAUCUUGGAAGGAUGUCCUAUGUUGUAAAGAUAUGUCAGUGUGUAGUGUAGCCUUUGGGGAUAAGAACACCUUAUGGCUGCUAGACCUGAGUGGGCAGCUCUGGUUCACAACAGGGGUAACUUCUGAAACACCCCAAGGCAGUGGAAAAUGUUGGCAGGUGUCAACAGGUGGUUACUUAAUGCAGGAAACAUCACCCUUAGAUUCACUGAAGAGUAUGAUAGGCCCCACCCAGUUAGGUAACUUAGCCUCUGCUGUGCUCCAACAGCAUGGUGGCCUCACUGCCUCUGGAUCAAAUGGCCUGUGGCUCUGUUUGGGCUUUAAACAUAUCCUUACAGUAUGCAGAGGCAACUUAAUGGGGCACCAUUGGGAAAUUGUGAAUCCCCCUGGAAUGGCCUCUACUACUAGAUGGCAGCAGGUGACAGUGGCGGCCAUUAGCGAGCAGAUGUGGUUACAACAAUCAACUGGCGAUAUUUUCUGCUCAUCCACGCCUAGUGUUUAUAUUUCUGUGGCAUUCCCAGUCACCAAUCACCUGUUUGUGUGUAUGAGUGCGACUCCAGAGGCUCUUUGGUGUCUCACAGCAAGUGGCGAUGUCUACCUCCGAACUGGCAUGGCUCCCCAUUGUCAACUUGGAACAGACUGGUUAAAACUUGACUUGAGUCAGUUAGAUGAAGCCUGGUUUGUCCACAUAUGUUGCGGGGCUGAGAAUGUAUGGGGUGUUGACAACUCUGGGAUGGUGUAUCAGCGUAUCGGGGUAAAGCCCCCCACUAGCAGACGUCUCCCUCAGGCAUGGCUUCCUGUAGAUACACAGGGGAUCCAGUUUCUUCAAGUGGUCACUGGACCAUGUGACUGGAUGGUGUGGGGAUUGGAUGUGAAACACAAUGUUUAUGUUAGGUUAAAUGUAACAGGACACAUGCCUAUCGGGACAGAAUGGAUGCUGGUUUCAGGUACAACUGCCAAACAAUUGUGUGUGAGCAAAGACAGUGUAUGGGCACUGAAUGAUGAUGGGGAGAUCCUGUGCAGAUAUGGUAUCUCACCCUAUAACCAAACUGGGGAUUAUUGGAAGAAAAUACCUGGCAGAUUUUCCAAACUUACAGUGUCACCUAGUAACAAUCUUUGGGGUAUAGACAGUGAUGAAAAGUUGUACCAGAGAGACACAAAUCUUCACAUUGGUAAACAACAAGAUACAGAAGUUUCCAUAGCAACAAGGCAAAGGUCACCAAGUGAUGGUGACUGGGAACUUCUUUAAACAUAGCAACAAUGGAUGGACUAAACGCAUUGCAGAAAUAAUGCGAGGUGCCUAUGAGUGGGAACUUAGCGAACAAUACUCAUCUCAGCAUGUAAUUAUGCAUGGAAAGUCUUCAUGAGUA